ACUGCUAGAUCUCAAACGUUCAGAAACACACUGCUCCUCUGUGGACAUACCGUUCUAUAUUUGUUAUUUGGAUGUUAUGGAUAGAAACAGUACUUACUCUCCAAUCACAUGGCCACCAAAGUUUUGGGAACAGAUAACAAUAGCCUUCACAGUGUCCAUGGUGGUUGGACUGGUGAUUGGAGGGAUCAUCUGGGCAUUGUUCACCUGCUUGUCCCGUCGCAGAGCUAGCGCCCACAUUUCCCAGGGGAGCUCCUCAGCCUUCAGCCGUCGCUCCAGACCCUCCUCCCAUGGCCACACUACCGGCAGGACUGGAUUUUACCGCAACAGCAGCUGCGAACGUCGGAGCAACCUCAGCUUGGCCAGCCUCACCUUCCAGCGGCAAGCCUCCUUGGAGCAAGCCAAAUCUUUCCCCAGGAAGUCAAGCUUCCGCGCAUCCACCUUCCACCCUUUCCUGCAGUGUCCUCCCCUCCCUGUGGAGACGAACAGUCAGCUGAUCACCCUCACUCCCACAAAUACCACCACAACCCUUGUGGGAAGCACCACCAACAGCUUAAGUCGACCUGAAUUCCACUGGUCUAACAACAGCCUCCGCAUCUGCCACUCCACACAAACCCCCCCUCCUGCCUAUGAAACCAUCAUAAAAGCUUUCCCAGAUUCCUGAGCUAGGUCCUUACUGCAAACACGCACGUGCAUUUUAGGAAGAACCUCAAUCAUCUCAACAAUUUUCUAUGCGUGAUGAAGAUUUCUGAGAAGUCUACGGCUGCCGUUGCAGAGGGGACAUACAUUGCCAAGAGGCG